AUGGCGCGGCGGCCCGAGGCGGGCGGCGCGGGCCGCGGUGCGCUGGCGCUGCGGGCGCUGCUGGCGCUGGCCCUGUGCGCGCCGGGCGCGGGCGGCCAGGCGCUGGAGUGGUACUCGGCCGUGGUGAGCCUGCAGUACGUGGACCGGCACACCAACCGCACCGUGUGCAGCGCCUCGGAGAGCGGCCGCUUCGGCGACAGCUCCCCCAAGGCGGGCGCGCUGGGCCUGGUGGGCGUCCCCCGCGCCGCGGACGGCGACCCCGCGGGCUGCGCGCCCGGCACGCGCUUCGUGGUGCCCGCGCCGGGCGGCCGCGCGGCCGCGCCCUGGGUCGCCCUGGUGGCGCGUGGGGGCUGCGCCUUCAAGGACCAGGUGCUGGCGGCGGCGCGGAGCAACGCCUCGGCGGUGGUGAUCUACAACGAGGAGCGCCACGGGAACCUCACCGGGCCCCUGGCCCACGCGGGAACGGGAAAUAUAGUGGUCAUUAUGGUUAGCUACUCGAAAGGAAAAGAAAUUUUGGAUCUAGUACAAAAAGAAAUUCAAGUCAAAAUGACCAUUCGGGUUGGGACCCGCCAUGUCCAGGAGUUCAUCAGUGGCCAGUCUGUGGUGUUCGUGGCCAUCGCCUUCAUCACCAUGAUGAUCAUCUCAUUAGCAUGGCUGAUAUUUUACUAUAUACAGCGUUUCUUGUAUACUGGCUCACAACUUGGAAGCCAGAGCCAUAGAAAAGAAACUAAGAAAGUUAUUGGCCAGCUUCCACUUCAUACUAUAAAGCAUGGAGAAAAGGGACUCGACGUGGACGCUGAGAACUGUGCUGUGUGCAUUGAGAAUUUCAAGGUGAAGGAUGUUAUCAGAAUCCUGCCGUGCAGGCAUAUUUUUCAUAGAGUGUGCAUCGACCCAUGGCUUUCUGACCACCAUACGUGUCCAAUGUGUAAGCUUGAUGUCAUCAAAGCCCUGGGAUACUGGGGGGAGCCGGAGGACGCCCCCGAGGGGCCCGCCGCCGAGGCAGCCCCAGGCGGUGCCCUGGCUGCAGGUGUGAGUGUCACUGUGGGCACCGAAGACCCGAGUGCGGGCUGCCCCGCCCCGGCGCCCUCCGCCGGGGACCCCGCGCCGCCCUGCAGGGGGCGCCCCAAGGACGACACGGGGGAAAGCACAGCCUUGCUCGAGCCCGGCAGGAGCGACCCUCAGGGCAGAGGACCAUCCCCCCGCUCAGCCUCUGACAGCGCCCGCCGGGUGGAGCUCUGA